AUCGUGCAUCAGACCAUGUUCUCAAAACCGGCCUCGUUGAGGCAGAAAAAAGCCCUGGCACAGUUCCAAAUCUUUUAUCCAAGUAACGUCGGGAUGGCAAACACUCUUUCCAUUCCAAUCAGUGGCUUGUUUGUGAUUUUCACACUGUUUUUCGUAAUUAACCUAUGGCCAUUAAGAAGAUAACUUCUGCCCCAAAGGUGAAAACGGGAGCAGCCCUCAAAUUUCGACCUCCUUUAGAGAAAGGACGGGCCUCAGCCACAGGCACAAGACCCGUAGCCGAUGCGGCUUCUGUCAAACAUAUCGUGGGCAUGAUGGUUGUUCAUUUGGCCCGAAAAAUCAUGUACGGCGUAGACGUGUCUCAUAAGGUGGGACUCUACAUUUUCGGCGUGAUGGUGUUGAGUGUGGUGGGUGAUUUCUCCAAGUCCUCCGCCAACUACAUGGCCAAUCCGAAGAACUUUUUAAACAUGUACUUUGUGAAGUUCGGCUGGGGCUGGACAUUACUGAUUGUCGGGCUGUUCGUUUUCGUCACUAGUUACACGUACAGUUGCGGAAAUGCCAAUGUGAUCAAGAACCAAUUCAUGCGCUUAAUCAUCGCCAGCAGUCUCUGGUACGGAGUGACCGCGUUAUUCAUUCUGGUUGAGGAGAACUCGGGUAUUUGCAAUGUGACCAAGUUCCUGAACCGAGAAGAAUGUAUUUCCGGUGGAUUUCGUUGGAAGGGAUUUGACGUCUCCGGACAUUGCUUCCUCUUGGUUUUCAGCAAUUUGAUUCUCAUCGAAGAGGGUAAAGCCUACCUCGGGUGGGAAAAGAUCAAAGACAUGAUCAGAAACGAAGAGUACCGACGGCUCAAUCCCGACUACGGCAGCCCCACGGCACCUGUGGACACGGAGUCCCCCACCGUGCUGGGCAAGCUCAAGUUAACAGAGUUUCUGUACUUGAGAACCAAUUACAUCAAAUACACCCAGCCGGUCCGAUGUCUAUUUGUGAUGAUGGGGGCUUUUGUCAUGCUGUGGGAUGUGAUGUUAGUAUGUACGGCGUUAUAUUUCCACAUCAUGAUCGAAAAGGUGAUGGCUACCUUGGUGGCCAUCUUGAUCUGGUUCGUGUUGUAUCGCGGGAUCUACAUUCACCCAUGGUCGCCGGGCCUUCCUGGAGAGGGGCCCUUUAAAUACAUCACUUUCAAGUUAAAGCAACAGAGUGGCCCAGAUCGAGCAGAAUCUUUUCGUCGACGAGAAAGACCCAAGAAAAGCGCCCGAGAUGACAUGCCCAUGUUCAUGGGAAUGCCUCUUUAUGGAGCCAACAAAAGAGACUUGAACAUGAUGGACUUGAGUGUGACGGAGGACUCGGGGGCCGCCGCGUCCUUGAUAGAUAGUAAUGCCGUUCAGCGACCAUUGGGUCGAAGAAGCCGCUCGCAAUCGUCCUCAAAAGCCAAUAAAUUGUCGUUGAAUGCGAAGUAUUAGGAAUUUCAUGAUUGGCUAUGUUCAUAUGUGCCUAUGUCACGUUGAAUGUUGCUCAAUCAAUGCUAAAUGCCAAAUGCUAAAACGGAACGUUUUCCUUGGUUACCGAACCCAUCCCUUCCCGAAGUGCCAGAAAAUAUGACUGUUCUUGUGUGACUGAAGGAAAGGCAAACAUGCGCUAAGCGUAAGGAAGGUAUGAAUGGCAUCGACCCUCCUCCAAAAUAAAGUUUGCAUUCACAUGGAUACCUAAAAGAAUGUCACGUAACCGAGAUGGUUAUACUUCCUUCCCAACUCUGUCUUUGUUGUUGAAUACAUUUUUCAAAGGAUUUUCUCA